AUGGGCAUAGCCACAGUGUUCAUACUGACCUGUAUGUGCGUCGUGCCACUGCAAGGUCAGAAGCCAGGUCAGGUGGACCCCCUGAAGGCCCAUCGGGGCAAUCCGCAAUGCUGGGAGGCGUCCUCUGCUCUGCUGCUGGAGAUGCGCUCUCCGAGGAUUGCUGACACAGUGCCUGCCUUCUGGGACCUCAUGGAGUCACUCAGGGCUUCAAACAACAGCAAACACACUGCACUGUUCUGGGACCUGGCCCAAGUCUUCUGGGACAUCUAUCUAAAUUGCAUUGUGUCCAGGAGUCAUGGGCUGGGCCGUCGACACAUAACUGCUGUCCAGUCCCUCAUUACUGACAAUGAUGGGGGAGACAACUGUGGUACAGACAACCAGAGCUUUGUUGUUGAGCAGGAGAAAACCACACAGAAUCCUUCAGAUUCAACCGCUCAGGAGCAAAGUCCCACGCGUGGCUCCAUGUGAGAGUGAGACGUAGAGGGCAAAUCAAGACCCUGAAGACAGACCCAAAAUAAAAUGCACAACUACUAGAAAAGAUUAAGGAUAAUUCAAAGUAGAUAGC